AUGCGGCUCUUCCUGGCCGUUUUUCUCGCCUGCUCGGCUAUCACUUCAAGUCUGCCCAUUCCGACGAAUCUCGGUGCGGUUUUCUAUGAUUUUGAUAUGGUUUGUGAGAGUUGAGCCAUGAAAACGAGCCUUACUAGGAAGGACUAUGACUAGCCUCUGAAAUCGUUCGAAUUUUUGAUCUUGGCUUGAUGGACGUCCUGAAAUUUCCAAUUUUUCAAAAAAAUUGAGUUUUCAAGAUUCCAUAAGAGCUAUUUAAGCGGCGUUUGUUGUUUUUUUUUCAAUAUUUUUAUUUUUUCAUCAAGAGAGUUUAAGCUUAAGUUUAAGUUUAAGCAAUUUUCUGGAAAAUUCCACAAAAAAAAAUUUGAAAUAGCCAUCCCAGUUCAAAAAAGGAGUAAAAUAUAGCCCCAGAAUUAAAAAAAACUCCCAUUUUUCGUGUACUUUUUGAGUUGUGCUCCAUUGACAAAUUUAAAAAGUCCAAAUAAUAUUGAAAGGUUUCUGGGUUAAACUUUUCAUAUGAUUCCUAUCAAGUUUUUUUGAAUUUGAUUUUUCAUGAAAAAAAGUGUCGAAGUUUUUCUUUUUCUGGUUUCGAAAAUUCCAUUCUUUUUUUUGUUGGUUUUUCCUUUCUUAGUCCGGAAGUUCUAUUUUUAAAGAAAUUUGCGACCUUUUUGAACCCACAAGAACUCUUGAAAUUUGAUCAUAGAAACAUUUCGAAGAACGUUUUUUUGUUUUAUUCAAAUUCCGGACCUUCAAAACCAGGCGUUCGUUGAGCUUCCAAUGGAAAUUUCAUAGGGUUUCUCUUACUAUUUCACUUUCAUGUUAAUCAUAUCAUUACCGGCAAUAAUUGAGGUAUGGAAAAGUCCAGAAAUCCAACAAAUAACCUUUUUUUCAUGGUGCAAUCCCAUAAUUUCAUUUAAAUUGCUGUUUGUAAAAGUCUGCAAACUUUGGUUAAUUCUCACUUUUUUCUAUCGGUGGUAUGAAAAAAAGACCAACGAAAAUUCAAACGGCGACUUUUCCGAUUUUUUCAUAUCGCUAGGGAACUUUCCGACGGCCACUUUUCCGACGAAACUUUUUCCGACUUUUUUUCUCGAUAAACUCUUCGUUUUACAUAUUCCUAUAUAAAGUAGGUAAUUUGUUCAUAAUUAAAACACAAAGAAAUAAGAAAAAUGUUAAUAGAUGUUGUAUAAACCGAAAAAUAUAAGGGAAAAAAGUCGGAAAGGGAUCCGUCGGAAAGGUGGCCGUCGGAAAGUUCCCUAGCGAAAUGAAAAAAUCGGAAAAGUCGCCGUUUGAAUUUUCGCUGGUGUUUUUUUCAUACCUCCUUUCUAUCAGACGUUCAAAAUAUUCUAAUUGAAAGUAUUCUUUUCAUGAUUCAUAAAAUAAGAGCUUCCAUGCUCAAUGAACAGGGAAUUAGAGAAUUGAAAAUAGUUCUAUGAAAGAAGGAAAAAACUGGAAACAAAGUUCAGAGUAGGGCUUUGUUUCCCACAAGUUUGUAGGCGAAAACAGUGACGUUGGCGGUCGAGAAGUUCCGCUACAAGUUUCCGGAAAAAGCUGUCAUUUUGUAGGUGUACAGCUCAACAUUUUGAGCUAUAUGUCAUUUCUCAGAACUGACGAGGAUUGUUUGGAGUUCAGAAAUUGUAGUCCGAGCGAAAAUUCACCGUUUCUCGCAAUUCUAGCUCGUAAUUAUAAAAAAAGAUUGGCUGAAAAAAAACUGGAUGAUUUUUUGAAUUAUUUUAGGAAGUUUGAAAAUAAAGCGUUUAGAAUCGAUUUUCGAAAAAAAAUUUUAUUUUUACACCGCGCAAGCUUGUAAACAACGAAAAUUGAGAAUCUAGGAAGAUUUUGAUCAAAUUUGAAUUUUAAAAAAUCUUUUCAAGCUCUACAAGCAUUUUCUAGUGGAAGAGGUGUUACCAGCCAAUCAAGAACAUAUCAAAGCGUGCUUCUAGUAUCACUUAAGAGAACACUUUAGUCUCUUAAAAUUUUUUACUUGAAAGCUCGAUCCCAUAUUGUUUGAGUACACGAAUUUUCCAAGUUUUCCUAUAAUUUUUCAAAAUAAUUGCGAAAAAAGUGCCUCAAAGCUCUUAAUUUAUGAAACCUAUUUGAACAAGAAAGCUUUGGAAUUCGAAUUUUAUGAAUAAAAUAAAUUUUUUUACAAUGAAAGUUUGAAAAAAAUUACCAGAACUUUUGAUAAAUAAUCGAAAAAAAGUGUCUCAAAACGGAGAAACUUUGGAAUCUAAAGUUUAUAUUUUUUUAAAGAAAAAGCUUAUUUAUUCAGAAAAAUAGGCAAGCCUGAGAAAAAGCCGGAAUUUUUUCAGAAGAGCCGUCUUCCAACGAACCCUCGACAAAUGAGCCUUCGACGCUUUCCUUGCCACGAGAGCCGAAAGGCCGCAUCGACGCCAUGAUCGACGCCAACGCCGACGGCGAACUCGACGUCGACGAGGUCAAGUACGCCGCCUUCGUCCAUCACGGCUUGUCUUCUUCCGUCGUUGACGCCAUGUUCAAGCAGGUAUGGACCGCAGAAAAUGGAUACUCCGAAAAAUGUAAACUUCUCGAGCCAGUUUUUUGAUAGAUCCGAAAGAUCAUUGCGUUGGGGCUAAAAAAAAAUCACAUUUGAGCUUUUCCAACCAUUUUGAGUUCAGAUAAAGUUUCCGGGGCCCCCUACCAAACCUACUAGGAAAGAGCUAACUUUAUUUAGGUUUUAUUAUUCUUCUAAAAAUCUCUCUAGACUCCUUACUCAACAUUUUCUUGAUUAGUAAAUAAUAAUCUUAUUAGACUUUUCUUGUUCCCUUAAUCUCUUGGAGAUUUUAACUAAACAUUUUUGUUAUUAAAAUUUCCGUCGUUGACGCCAUGUUCAAGCAGGUUUGGACCGAUAAAAAUGGAAUCUUCAAGAAAUUUAAGUAUUUCGAGUCAGUUUUUCAGAUAGCUUUUUCAUUUCAAUUUUUUUGAAAAAAAUAUUAAAAUAUCUGAUAUUAAAAAGGUAUGAAAAAAGCCUUCAAAAUUAUUCUAGAAUUUUUUUCUGAAAGACCUGAAAAGUUUUCGAAUCAAUGUUCAUCUUCUAUGCUUUAAGAUCCAUUUUUCUUUAAUUUUUCUUCGGUAGACCCCGAAAAUGAGUAGUAGUCAUUAUUUUGCGCUUUUUUGGUUUUUUCCUUUCCUUUUCCAAUAUCUAUCAUUAAAAGUAUAAUAAUUUUCAAAAUUUCCAUGCCGUAUAAUUAAAAGUUGAAAAUAUGUUUUUUCUGAAGAAUUCUUCAAGUUUUUAACAAUAUAUUUACAUAAUUUUCUAUGAUAAGUUUAUUUUCGAUGACAUUUUUUUUUCGCUCUUCAAAGUCAGUUUUCUGCUUAAUCUCCAAGCUUUUUUGCUAUCCAUUUCUUGUCUCAUUCCAUUCAACUUUUACUUGUUCGCGUUUCGCGGCCCCUUUUCGGCUUUCCGAAAGGCUUCUGAUUUAUCACCCCAUAGUUCUUAUCAUGAAGCGACAAAGUUAGAAAAAAAAGAUCGGUUUAUCAUUGUCUCAAGCCAUUUUUAGUAGGUUUUGAGCAAAAUGGACAGUAUCUGCAAUUUCCUGCUUUUUUUUCCAUUGGUUGGCAAAAAUUUAAACUUCGGAGAAUAGAUAGUACGUGAAACGCAAUGAAGGAGUAAAAUUGGGUUUUAAGCAACGUUGAAACGGUUUUGUCAGGAUCAGCAAGAAAAAAGUUUUUUCGCUACGAACUGGUCGCAUUUGGAAUGGCUCACCGCGUUGCGGUUUCAGCUAGAAAUUUAGAAAAUGUACCUGAAGCAAUUCUCCAUGUGACCAAUCAAUUUAUUUGAAAUCAUUAUGAUUUUCGAUUGAAAAAACAGCCCCGUAGAAUCUUACUCAAAAUUUUCUUCAACUACAAUUUUUGUCUCUUUUUUCGAAAAAACCUUUCUUCCUACUGUAUCUUGAGCUUUCCAUGUGUCUCGCGUCACUGAUGAAUCAACUUUCAAAAAAAAAAAGUUCCCAGUGGGAAUCCCCACUUUUUUCAUUCCAAAGACCAAGUUCGAGUGAGAAGGGCGCGUGAUUUGUUCCCACGGAGGCCGUGGGGAAGUGAGCGGCUCCUGGAAUAAUUUGAGACUUUUUGAGAAGACCCAAUUAAAAAAUAAUUGGAAAAGGCUCUCAGGUCGACGCCAACAACGACGGGCUUCUGAAUGGACGAGAGUUUGAGAAUAUCCGGGGUCUCGUCUUGGAAAAAGCCGAAAAUGCGGCCCUUCGGUACCUGCAGGUUUAGUAGAAAAGUGUUGAAGCAAUUAUUUUUUGGAGAAAUGAAAUAAAAAGCAAUUUUUGAGGUUAUGUCCAAUUCAUGAGUUCUUUCCGAAGCAAGAAAGUUGGAUUAUAUAAAAAAUUCUUUAAAAGGAGCUUUUCGGACCUCGUUAACGUUAACGUUAAACGGUCCGGACGUUUAUGAGCCUUCCUAAUGACCCCUUAAGCGGCUUCAACACCUUUUAGUGAUCCCUUGAAGGUUUCAGAAACGUCUGGGACGUGCCCGAUUAGCGUUACUCAAGACUGAGUAGAUAUUAAAGUAAUAAUUGACUUUUAGGCCAAAAUUACCGAAAUAUUUGCACAUUCAGAACUUUUCUCCUUCAACUAUGCCUUUUUUCUAUCGAUCAAGUUUUAUAUUUUCAAUUCUUAUAAUUCUUAAAAUUUUCUGUCAUUGAGAGGAGCGAAAAUUAUUUUUCUAAAUUUUUUUCCCCCAAAAAUCGAGGUUUCGACUGAAAUCGAUCUUAUAUUAGGACCCAGUCUGAGGAUGAAUUUCAAUGAAAAAAGAUUUUUAGGGAUUGAAAAGUUGGUAUUGAAACAGCAAUCUCAGAUUUUUUGUAUGCAGGCGUUCCCGUAUUGCCUUUGGUCCGUCGAAAAAAAUUCAAAAGCUUAUGUUUUUUGAAAAUAUGCCAAAAAUGUCUCGGUUUAAUGACAACCUAUUAAAAUUGAUCUCAAUUUUGAUUUUUCAAUGCGGCCUUUCAUAUUACGGUAGUUUGAAAACGUCUUUUUGUUAUGAGAUUUCGAAAAAAAAGUUUUAGAAGUUUUAGGAUUUUUUUUCAACCUCCGAAAGUUAAAAAAAGAAUUUCUUAACUUCAAGAAGUUUCAAAAUGUUCCUUUUUCAAUUUCCAGAAGUUUUGAGAAAGUUGAAAGUUGUAGAACGUAGACACGGACCGGGACGGAGAGCUGUCCCUUCGCGAGGCGCAGACCUACCUCCUCAGGGAGUACGGCAUCGGGACGCGCGACGUCGAGAGAAUCUGGCUUCUCGUGACGCCGACCGUCCACGACCAUCUCAACGCCACAAUGUUCAGUCGACUCCGGAGACGGGUCCGCGGCAUGACCAUCAGACUGGCUCGGCAGAUCAUGAAGGUGAUUCGGGAAGGGGAUUCUUUUUCCCUGUUCACUUUUGUAAAGAUCGGCAAUAUUUUAGUGCUCAAAAAUCAAAAAGAUCACUAGAAAUUUAAUAUUUUUUUCAAUAUUUGAAGGUUUGGUUCAGAAAAUAAGGGUUUCAAGUCAAUUAUUUGAAAGUUUGUUUUGAGCAAGUUGAGGUCGAAAUUCAUUAUUCGAAAGUUUAGUUUUGAAAAGAGUUUUUUGAAGUUCAAUUAAAAGAAAUCGAGUUUUGAUUUUUCAAGAUCUUAAGACUUAAAAAUUGAACUAAAAGGGAAAAAAAUGGGAAUAAUUUUUCGUUUUCUGGAGUCAAGAGACAUCAAAGAAUUUCUGAAAAUUUAUUUUUCAAAUUGACAUCGGAAAUUGUCUCAACCACCUUGGAGGAAGUGUGGACCAUAUAGUGAGAAUAGAAAGUUCGAAAAAAUUGAUUGUGCUUAAGAUAAUAUUAAUAGAAUAUAAAUAGAAUAUAAAUACAAAUUCUGAAACACAAACGUCAUGACGCAAAUUUUUUAAGAAGAGAUUUUUUUUUUCUCAUGACGAUGGCCAUGAAAAAGUCUAGAAAUAUAUUUCAUUGUGGGAAACUUCCUGAAACUAAUUUAGAGGUCUCAAAAAAGACCGAGCCUGAGUGACAGUUGGCCAGAAGACUUAAAAAAAAAGAUCCUUUGAAAAAAUGCGAAUUCUUUCAUCAAGUAGUUUGUUUAAGGGGUUUUCAAAGGAAUUUGGGAGAUAAAAACGAGGUUUUAGGUGGGAGAUGUAAAAACCACGCACUAUCUGUUAUUUUAUCGUGUCAGGACCAUUUUUUAGAUGGCUCGAGACAGCCUCAAAGUGGAUAUACUGAAAAAUUUUUCGGUGGCCACUUUAGGGUUUUGACGUUUAGUGGCCACUAUAGUAGUCAAAUUAGUGGCCACUUAAGAGGUCUAAGUGCUACUACUAGACCACUAAAAAUUUUAGUGGCCACUUUAGGGAUCAAUUGAUCAACAUAACUGGUCCAAUCUGUUUGUUUAAAAAUUAUCAGAGUUACUGGAAGGAAUACUGGAUGAAAAAUAUUGAAGUGACCACUAAAUAGAGAAACUUAUAGUGGCCACUAAAACGGAAAAUAGUGGCCACUAUAGAGGUGGGUUUAGUGGUCCCUUUAGUGUCCUCUCGCCUCUAUAGUGCCCACUAAACAUUUUCCCAGAGUGAUCAAGAUUCGACUUGCAGUCGGCCGACAGCAACGGCGACGGUCACAUCUCCGUGGAAGAAGCCCAGGCGGUGGCCUUCGAACAGGAAGGAAUCGGGGCCGGAGACGUCGCUCAGAUGGUGAUGAGCGUCGACGAGAACGGCGACGGCGAACUCAACGCCCCGGAAUUCGCCGACUUCGAGCGGAUCGUCAGGGCCAGGGCCGUCGAGAACAGCAAGUUCGUUCAAAAAUCAUGAAUUUUAUAUUCUUUUUGGUUGAUACGAAGGAAUGAUCUGUUUGAUGAAGGUUGAGUUUAGAAAAGUAUUUGAAACAGUAAAGUAUGGGAAAAAUUAUUUUAAGUUAUUGGCUUGCGAAAAAUGAAGAGUUAACUUUUUAACUACAAAUGUAUAAUUUUCCUUUCACUUUUACACCGAAUUUCUUUUGGAUUGUCAAAAUUAGAAAAUGUGUUUUUAAGAGCUUUUUUUGCUUUUCCUAAUGAAAAUACUGUAUUCAGUUCAGUUCCACUUACAAGGGAUUUUCUGAAAAUUAGUCAGAACGCUCCUUGAUGUACCAGAAGACGAUUCUGAUAGUUUUAACCUGCCCAACUUCCACUUUUUUGAGAAAAGACGCUUCAAAGUCAAAGAAAACCCUCAAAAUAUAUUAAAAGGGGCUAUUUUAGGGGUUCAGGUCUUUAUUUCUCUGCAGGUUGUGAUUUUCAAAAUCUUCAUCUGGUACAACAAGGAUUGUUCUGGCUUAUUCUCAAGAAAUCCCCAAACGCAAUGGAAAAUGACCUUCCUUGUUAGGAACUCCAGAGUGGCCCCUAUAGGGGAAACUUGAGGGGCUUUUUUUCCCCAAACCCCUAUAGGGACCACUUUGUCGUUCCUGAGAAUGUCAGUGAUAACAACUAUAAAUUUCUUUUGAUCAAAAAGUUUUUCAGAAAAGCGAUGCGCGUCGUGGAUUCUGACGGGAGUGGUACCGUGACGCUGGAAGAAGCCAAAAAUAUUGCUUUCGAACAUUACGGUUUCAAUGAAGAGGUUUAUUAAUCUUCAUCUUCUGGUAGAUCUCUCAACUUCAGACAUUGGCUCCAUUCUUCGCCCAAGCCGACGAAGACGAAGACGGACAGUUGGAUUCCGUCGAAUUCGCCGGUUUCCGUUCCGUUAUUCGGGCCAGAUCCGUCAAGGAUGCUGUCCAGAGGAUGAAGGUUCAUGAUUUUCUGAAAUUAGUGAAAUUCAGUUAGAAACCGGUUUUUCCUGUUUCACAUUCAUUGUUAAAGUUCGAACAAAUAUUUUGAGAUUAAUACUUCCAACUAAUUUUUUUCUUCAGAAAUACAAGAAUGAAAAUAUUCAUGAUUACUUUUCUUGUGAUAAUUCAGAGGAGAAAGUAUUUUAACUAAAAAAAAACUUAUUAUAAACGUUUUCUGUGAUUUUAUUAGGAAUUCAUUCAGUUAGAGGGAUUAAAAUGUUUUAUGAUUUUUUAUCUCUGACUCUCCAAAAUUUAAUCAUAUCUUCUCACUCUCUGACCACAUCUGUUUGGCACACUGUAGGUUCAAAUUGUGCAUACACCAAUCGCGGUUUUUGGGCGAUAACAUCGUUAAUAACGAGUUUUUUGUGAACGAAUUUGAAGAAACGCAAGUAGAACAUUCAAUGAUACAAAUCAAGUUUUUGCAAACGCUAGCAAGCCUUAAAAAUGGCCUAAUUUGGGGUAUGCAUCUUUAGUAAGUGAAAAAAAUUUUUUUCUGUAAUUUUUCAUCUUUUAUUGUCGGAAAUAGCCAUGUUCAUUUUAUUGAACAGAAAAAAUGAUCGAAAAUGGUCUAGUAUGGUCGCCGGAGACGGCGCAGUGCAAACCGGACGGGUCCCUGUAGGUCUGAACUGCUGUGUGACGGCUGUUUUAAAUUUCGCGGCAUUACUUUGAAAACAGCGUCACUUCUCUGUUUCUGAGAUGUUUUUUAAGAAAACAAAAGUUCCAAUUUCCAAUUCAAUAGUAUCAGCAGCUCCUUUCUAGGAGAUCGACUUGGACGGCGACGGACUCGUCUCGCUGCAGGAGGCCGUCGAGGCGACCAAAGCCGAAGACGAUAUGGACACCCAGGAAAUCCUUGCUCUGUUCAACAUUGCUGAUCAGGUUCGUUUCUAUCCCGGAAAGCCUUUUACCAGUUUUUUUUAAAAAUAGGAACGCCCGAGUGAUCCCUAUAGGGACAAAGUUUGCAGCUCUUGAAGGUUCCCCUCUAGGGACCACGUUGAAGCUUGCAAAAGUGGUCACUCUAGGGGAGCAUGCUAGUCCUUUAUUUUUUAUGAACUUGAAUAGAUUGAUUUUUGUUAAAUACGUAUUUUAAGUUUUCAAAUGUAAACAAAAACUCGAUAGUCAUCCAUAGAGACCUCCUAAAUUUUACCCCUCUAGGGAGCACUUUCUCGGACCCUUUUUAGAGGGAAUUUCACGAGCUUGUAAGAUUUACUGGGAGGAAAUCAAGUGGUUACUUAAGAGGUUGUUCCAAAUUUAUUUAUUUCACUCAAACACAAAAAUACAGAGUAUUAGAAAAGGAAGAAUUUGAGUAAAAGGGAACCCGAUAUAAAAACGCCCUAACGAGCGAUUUACCGGGAUGGGGCUUGUUAGAAAUUUCUUCUUGGGGUUAUAGCUCUCUGAUUAGCUUAUUACGGUGUAUGGGGCGGAGCUUGAGAGAUGAAUUUGUAUUAAAAAAUUUGAGAUUGCAUAAAAUAUUUGUGUCUCUUGAUUCGAAUAAUUAAACUUGAUAUUGAUGUCCAAGAAGUUUUCUAGUUGAUAAGAAUUUCAAAAUUAGAGAAACCCUUCAGAACAAGAGCGGCCGUCUGGACAAGGUCGAACUCGCCGACUUCAACCGUCUCGUCAGACUGAGCUCGAUCAAGUUCGCGACGGACCACUUCAAGGAGUUCGACCUGGACCGCGACGGCGCCGUCACCUUCGGCGAGAUCAGUCUUCUCAUCGAACAGAAGUACGGCAUCUCGACUGACGUCAUCCAGAGCUUCUUCAACGACAUCGAUGCCGACGCGUCCGGAGACCUGACUCCUGCGGAAAUUGUCGACUUCCGGUCGGUUUCUCAUCUUUGAAGCCUUCCAAAAUACUCUUUCAGACACCUCAUCCGACGACUCGUCGCCAAAAAGAAGGACGAAAAGGUGCUUUAAAACUUGUUUUCUUCUCAUUUCAUUAACACGGCGCUUGUAUAUUUACUUUUUUCUAAUAAUAAUAAAGAGGUGAACUUUUUGCUUGGUAAUUGGUCUGGUUGGGGGAAAAAGGCUAUUUUUUGGUUAGAAACUGAUAAUUGAGCGAGUAACUUUCGAUCAAUUUUCGGAAGUUUUUUUUUUUGUAUGCGUUACUUUUUUUUGUUUUAGUUUAUGUAUAAUCACUGAUAAAAACGAAAAAAAAAAUUCAAAAAAAUAAAAAGAAACUUUUUUUGGCGUGAGAUAUGGAGUUUUGUCUGCAGAUUUUUGCGCAAUGUUCUGCGGGCAGUACAUUUUAUCUGACGUCAUUUUUUCAGAAUUUAAAAAUUGCAUAAUUUUUUCUAAAUUCGCUUCCUGUUGAUUAGAGUAUACCAUCCGGAAGUCUGAUUUUUUUCAAAGCACUAAAAUUUUUGGCGUUGUGAAAUAACCGCCGAAAUGUUCAACAAAAAUUUGUUUCGCCUAGUUUUCACACAGUUUUUUUUUGCAUGCUUUGCUUAUACUUAUAACCUCACUGCACAACUCAAACACCUUGAAGUGACCCCUAUAGGGCAGAACUCCUCACUAAACCCUUAUUUUGUGCAACCUCUCACAGUGUCUGAGAACCUUCACUUUCAGCAGAAUGAAAUGACGUCACAAGAGGCCACUAACAUCACCGAACUUCCCACGAGCACGACCUCACUCGCACCUCCACCCACACUGCUCACCACUUCUCCCGAAAUGCACGAAGACACGCAGAAGCCGUCGACGACGAUGACGUCAUCGACGCACGCACCCACCGCACCCAGCAGCAGCAGCACGACCACAGCCACCACGACGCCUUCUGAACUCGGCGAGGACGGCAUCGCCAACGACGUCAUCGCUCAGGAUAUCGUCACCGUGAAGAUGGUACCAACGACUAAGGUAGUCUUGAAGAGUUGGCAGAUGACGUGAAGAUUCUUUAGGCUACUGAGAAGCCGACGACGUCGACUACAACGACUACAACGACGACGACGAGAAGGCCGAGGACCACGACGACAGCGCCGACAGAAGAAGAAGAAGAAGUUGUGGAAGAAGUGGAAGAGGAAGAAACGACGACGGUCGCUCCGAAGAGGCAUUCGAAGCCCAUGAAGACGUCAACGACGACGACAGAAGCCCCGGUGGAGAAGAUCGUCGAGAUCGUCUAUGAAGACGCCGGUGAGAACAAGAUGACGUUUCGGUUUCAAACCGACUAUUCAAUGAAAAUGAGUUUCCUCUUGCUAAUAAAUAGACAUAAUUUUCGGCACCUCGGAACUAUUUGGUCGCAUUUUUCAAAUAAGUCUUGAAAAUAAUUCAAAUGACGAAAAAUUCGGUCAGAUUAACCUCAUUUCAUUGUUAGAAUAUUAUGCUUACGUGUGUCUUCAAUUUUUUUAAUUUUUUUAAUUUAUAGGAUAAUUUUUUUAUACUUUGAAAAAAAGGGGCAUUAGAAAUUCGAAAUCGGGUACAAACUUUGAUGGAAAAAUUGGAAAAGAAAGAUGACUCUACAGUUUCAAAAGUUUUAUUUAGGUAAUCCUCCUCUUGUGAGAAGAUCGCAAUUUGGUUGGUAUGAAAAAAAACACCAGCGAAAAUUCAAACGGCGAUUUUUUCAUAUCGCUAGGGAACUUUCCGUAGAAUCUUUUUCCGACUUUUUUUCCCUCAUAUUUUUCGGUUUAUAAAAUAUCUAUAAAAUUUUUUUUUCCUAUUUCUUUGUGUUUUAAUUAUGCACCAACUAUCUAUUUUAUAAAGGAACAUUUAAAACGAAGAUUUUAUCGAGAAAAAAGUCGGAAAAAGAUUCGUCGGAAAAGUGGCCGUCGGAAAGUUCCCUAGCGAUAUGAAAAAAUCGGAAAAGUCGCCGUUUAAAUUUUCGCUGGUCUUUUUUUCAUACCACCGCAAUUUCCAAAACGCAGAAUGCGGAACUCUAAAAAUUUCAUGUUUCGAAGUGGAUUACGAAAUGAAUCUUUCUUCACUUCAAUUAAUCUGAAAGGUUCAAUUUUUUGGAAACAGAAGAAAGGUUAUAAUAUUUUGUGACAGAGAUUAAGAGAAAACAAGAAAUUUGAAUAAUUUUCCAUAAGUUCCAGACGGAAAACGACACUCAGCCCCGUCGAAAAACCAAGGCGACGUCUCCUACGAGGAGGUCGUCGAGUACGUCGACGCCAACUGA